AUUCCUGAGAAUACAGCGGAGAACUUGUUACCUUCGCAGACACGUCACAAUGAAAUCUAUCAGAGCUAAACUUUUGGCUGUAUCAUUUUGUUAAACUUUUUUUCCGAGCCACUUCCCAUCGGGUCUAAUGUUAAUUUUGAGAGGACAUGUCUGGAAAGAGCCAUGAAGACACUUUUCUAAUACAUUUCUUGACUCUAACUAAUAAAUAUUAUAUCUCUGUGUUUGGCAAAGUCUUGGGAUUCUCACAGUGUUUUCAUUUCACAGAUAGGACUUUUAGUUACCAGGGUUAGUUUAGUUUACCAGGAAACCUGAAAGGAGCCUAGAUUUUCAGAAAUGUCUCUCUCUCGAGCCGGCAGCGAUCUAAGACACACAUUCAGAAUUUCUCAGGGAGGAUUUUUUGGGUCUACUUAAAUAUUCUUACUUUUUCAUGUUGUUCAUGCUUGUUUGUAUUUUAUAUUAUUUUGCUUCUGAUGUUUUAAUGAAGACAAAUUGAUGCUUAAUUGCAUUUAUGAAUCUCUCAUUCCUGCAGCCAAACUCUGCACAUCCCAGCCUCCAGGUGGUGCUAAGUCUCAAUAAAAAGUGCCAUUUUCUGUGUACUGUUUUAUAAACACUGAACUAUGGAGACAUGUUGAUACAAAUCACAUGGAAAUACAUUUGAAUCUUAUAUAUUUGGAUCUGAACCCGACUUUGGGCAUUUAAUAAAUCAUCAGAUGCUGCUAAAACUGUGAGAAAAAGCCAAAUAGAUGAUUUACACAUGAAUCCUAAACCAUAUAAGCAUGACAAGCUUUUUAAUCUGAAUGUUUUGAGCGGGUGUUUCUCUUUUCUUUUUUUCCCCCUCCACACUUGACAUUGCAGCACUGACUCUGACUCUCCCUCUUCCCAACGUGAAGCUGCAGAUUCUCGCUCGUGUCUCUGAUCCACCAGCAUGUAGUCAGCAGGGCGCAGACGGUGGAGCUCCAUCCAUGUCACCUGCCAUCUUCCUGUGCAUCGACUCCUCCAUCCUCCGCUCCGCUCGUUUACCCACCACCCUGCCCUGCCUCCACCAUGCUGCAGAUCGGCGAUGAGGUGAUGUAUUUCUCGGCGGUGUUCCUGCUGCUGAUGCUGGGGACCAGGAGCGCCACGGGGGCCUCCCUGCUCACCGCGUUCCUCUACGUCUUCAUGGUGAUGUUCCGGUUCCCCCCGGUGCCCGCGGAGCAGGCCGGCCGCGUCCUCCGGCCCGGGGCUCCUCCGGGCGGCGUCCCGGUGGUGGCGCACCGCGGCGGGAGCCACGACGCACCGGAGAACACGCUGGCGGCGAUCAGAGAGGCCAGCAGGAACGGAGCCACCGGAGUGGAGCUGGACCUGAGCUUCACUGCCGACGGCGUGCCGGUGCUGAUGCACGACGAGACCGUUGACCGCACCACCAACGGCUCCGGUCCAGUUAGCAAACUGCAAAUUGUCCAACUGAGGAGAUUAGACGCUGCUGCUCAUCACAGACUGAAAGAGAAGUUCAGCGGAGAGAAGGUCCCAACUCUGCAGGAGGCCGUGGAGGAAUGCAUGAGACACCAGCUGACCAUCUUCUUUGACGUCAAAGGUCAACCUGAUAAGGCUGCAUCAGUGCUUCGUGAGAUGUACAAGAAGUUCCCUGCCCUUUACAAUUCCAGUAUUGUUUCCUCAAUUGAACCCAAAGUUAUCUACAAGAUGCGUCAGACUGACCCCCACGUGGUCACGGCCCUGACCCACCGGCCCUGGAGACUGAGCCGCUUUGGCGAUGGCACUCCGCGGACCCUGUCCACAUGGGGUCAGCUCUGGACGGGGUUUCUGGACGUCUUGCUGGACUGGGCCCACCAUCACAUCCUGUGGAAGCUUUGUGGAGUCUCUGCCAUCCUCGUGCAGAAAGACUUCAUAUCACUGGACUACGUCCAGUACUGGGCAGAGCGAGGGGUGGAGGUGGUGGGCUGGACUGUUAACACCGCUGUGGAGAAAAGCUACUACCAAAACCUGCUGAAGAUCGGGUUCAUCACUGACAGUUUGCUGGAAGACUGUGAUCCUCAUUACUGAACCAUCACACUCUCUCACACACUCUCACACACACACACACACACA